AUGUGUCGUUGGUUUGCCUACAUCAGCGACUGUGAAAGUGCCCUCUUGGAAGAUAUCCUUAUUCGACCUCAACACUCUAUCGUGAAGCAAGUAGAGCAACAUUGGUUGCCUAAGCUGUUCCACCAUGUCGAUAAAGAUACCGAUAAAGCAACACGGGCCGAUAUCGCUGCAAGGAACCUCCAUUUUAACGAUGACGGAACUGGGGUCGCGUUUUAUUCGACUGUAGCCUCAGAAUAUGGAACGGCCCCACACCCUCUUCCGCAAAUCUACAAGACUAUCAUGCCCCCUACGAACGACAUCAACUUCAGGUCUCUUUGCCAGAAUACAUGUUCGAAAACUGUGUUCGCGCAUGUUCGUAUGGCGACGUCCGAAGUGCAUCAAUUCAACAACCAUCCCUUCGCGUUUGGACGUCACAUCUUCAUGCACAACGGAGGUGUCGCCAACUUUUCCCAGAUCCGGAGGGGUGUGUGCACGAAACUGAGUCACAAGGCGUUCGAAAAUAUUUACGGCAGUACGGAUUCCGAGCACCUUGCUGCUUUGUACAUGACGCAUCUCGGAGAUGAUUGGAAUGAGGUGUAUAGCUUGGACGAGAUGAAACGCGCUUUGGAACGGACGAUUGCGGAUGUGUUGGAUCUUCAAUCCAAGCUUCCUGGUGCGACAAACCCUCUCGAUGCAUCGAGUUUGAAUCUCUGUACCACAGAUGGGUUUAAACUCCUCGCGUUCAGGUACAGGAAUGCGGACAUAGAGCAACCUCCUUCGCUAUAUAUCUCCACGAAAGCAGGAGUGACACUCAAUAGGAAAUACCCCGGCCACCCGAACUACUGGAAUGAUUGUGACAUUCCGGAUGACCAGGCACUUGGUUUUUGUGGAAAAGAUACACUUGCGGCUGAGGAACAUGGGGAACAUGUCAUAAUUUCCAGUGAACCCACCACUUGUCAGGAGGAUCAAUGGGACCUUAUUCCUAAGAAUCACGCGGUCAUGGUCGAGUUUGCGAAAGGCAAAGCGUACUUGAGAACUGAACCUAUUGUCAUCCCCAAAUGA